CUUGCGUCGAAAUGACGAUGACGCCCGCCGAAAACGCCCUGGACAACGACGAGGAAGACAUGCUCAGAGCGGAGCGCGAACCGGAAUUGGUGGAGGAGGAAGAGGAGGAGGAAGAAGAACACGACGUCAUCCAGAUCCAGGUUCCUACUUUGCCGCGCGUUCCGGACCAAAAACCGAAGGCGGCGAAGAAAAUCGACAACCCUCCUGAGGACCGACUUGUUGUUGCUGUGCGGCUUCGUCCUCACGACGACACAAAGGACAUCAGGAGGUCUGUCUACGCUUUAGAUGACAAGACGGUGAUAGUGAGAGAAAAGGACAACAUGAAAACAGACGUUUUGCGGCAAAAGAGAAUUUCCGACAGGCAAUACGAGUUUGAUCUUGUCCUGGACGAAGACGCCACUCAAGAGGAAGUUUACGAAGGAACGACCAAAUCUUUAGUGGAAAAAGUGGUCCGCGGCGGAAACGCCACCGUUCUUGCUUAUGGGGCGACGGGCGCGGGCAAAACCUACACAAUGGUGGGCACGGCCGACGAGCCUGGGGUCAUGGUCAGGGCCCUGGAUGACCUUUUCAAAGAAGCUGCCCAGCUGGACAACGAAAAUUCAGAGAUGAAGGAAAAAAACGAGUCUGAAUCUGACGUGAGCAGCGAGACGCCGGUGACGUGGAGGAACCAGAAGAAACGGCCACCGGUCCCUGCCCGCCAGGUGACCAUGUCCUACCUGGAGGUUUACAACGAGAAGAUCAAAGACCUGCUCAACCCCAGUUCGCAGCAGUUGGAGCUGCGCGAGGACAGCAGUGGCGGCGUCAGAGUGGCCGGUCUCUCGGAAGUUUUUGCUCAAUCUACUGAAGAGGUGUUGAAAUUGCUGCAGAGGGGAAAUAAAGCGCGGUCGGUCGAGCCGACCGCAGCAAACAGAACUUCCUCCAGAAGUCACGCGAUGCUCCAAGUGUCUGUUUUGGGCAACGGGCAGCCCGAAGGACGCUUGCUCAUGGUGGAUCUCGCUGGAUCCGAAAGAGCUUCACAAACGCAGAACCGAGGCAAGCGUCUUCAGGAGGGCGCGCACAUAAAUCUGUCUCUGCUGGCGCUGGGCAACUGCAUCACAGCGUUGGCCAGGGGAGGCGACGUUCGCCACAUCAACUUCCGCGACUCGAAACUGACCCGCUUGCUGAAGGGUGCGCUGACCGGCGGCGGCAGCAAACUCAGCUGCGUCAUGAUCGCGCACGUGGCGCCAGGGUCGGUGCGCCGAGAGGAGUCGCGAACGACCCUUUUGUACGCGGAAAGGGCGGCCAGGAUUUCGCUGGCGGCCGCGCAAAAUAACCGGCCGGCAGGGUACAUGGCCGCUCAGGCCACCAUCAGGGCCGAGAAGAAAAGACUCAGGGCCGAAAUCGAAAUGAUGCGCGCCAGACUGGACGUCGAAAGGUCAAAUUCCGACGAGGUGAUUGUUGCGAAUAACAACCCUUCGGCGCGAGUGCACCACAUGAGUCACCACCCUGUCAUGAUCCGAAAUCAGCCGAAAAGUGCGGCCAUGCACCACAUGCAGAGUGACGAACUUGCCGACAUCAAAGAACAGAUUUUGGCCUCCUUCAGAGAUCAAAUGAGAGCCAGGAGAAGAUUAUUAGAGGUGGACAGCCAACUUUUGGGCCUGGGCAUGUUAUCGGACAGGUAUAACCUGACCCUGAGGCGGUGGGAGGCGAAACAUGGGCAGUUGUACAAGGCGGCGCGAAUGGGCAGAUCUGGAAAAAAGUCUCACACAGACCCUGAAGAUUCAGAUUACACGACUCAGUUGGAAGAAGAAGCGCAACAAGCUUGGAGAGAGUUGUGCAGAAUUGAAAGGGAACAGGAGCACCUGAAUGCUGUGCGGGCAGACGCCCAGAACGACCUGGAGAAAAGUAGACAGCGGGCAAAUAUUUUGGAACAAGAGUUAUCAAAAAGGGUAGGCAGCGAAUGGGGCGAAAGAGAGUUGCUGGCCUUAAUCUGCAGAGUUCACGAGCUCGAGUUGGAAAGGUUGGAGGCCCACGGCGCUGCCCUGGCCAGGGAGCAUGAACUUCGCAGACGGCAAAGUGCCCUGAGAAGACACGAACGCCAGCGACAAAUCUGCGAUCAAAUUAUUACCCAGCAGAGACAAUUAAUUGAAGAGAGAUCUUUGGCGCUGCCUGACGAGCUGGAGGAACUUUACUCUGAGUACCUGAGGGAGGUGCAGACCUCAAGUUACAACGCCAGAGAGCCCGAAAUCGACACGCCGAGCACCGCCGACCGACUGAAUCUUCCGCCCAUCCUCACGGCCGAGAGUUUUUUGAGUCCAGCGCCGUCGCCCGUGGUCCAGUCGCAUUACACGCCAAGGAAGCCUCGGAUGAUGCGCACUUACAGAGGAAGCAAAGCCAACAAACACGAGCCGGAAAUUUACCAAAUUAGCACACCCGGCAGUUCUGGUGAUUCAAGCAGAGAUUCUCCUCUUCCUCCAAUACACAAUUCAGAUAUGACAUUCAGCUUGAGUCAAGCGAUGCACUUCAUGUCCUCUUCGCCUCGAGGGCAGCAGCACGUGUCCAUGUCGCCGUUGCCGCCGAUCAAGCCGCCGACCUCAGCCAAGUCGCACCACACGGCCUUUGGUCAUCCGCCUCCUGCGCCGGCCAAACCGUCGCGACUUCCGCGACCUGUGCCCAGUCGCAACGGUCGAAGCUCACGAAAUAGAAAGAAUAAAUUGAUGCCUCGGUCAAUCAGUGAUGAAGACUUGAGAGAAUAGAAGCAAUUUACAUUGAUGAUUUUUCUUUUCAUAAUUAAUGGGACCAGAUGAAAUUAAUGAUGUCACCAAACUCCAAAGCAAAUUAUGUGAUAAAAUUGAAUUAUCUGUUAAAUAAAUUUCUCUUCUAAUAUAUUAUGUAGCUCAUUAAUGAGGAAUAAACUUAAAAAUAAAAAUCCACAAGUGAUUUUUUGGCAUUUUUAUUAUUUUCUCUUUUUGUUUAUCGAUUGAUUUUAUUUUGUAAUAUAUUCCGCUGCUAACAUUAUUUCUCCAUACAAUAUUAUUUCAUGAUUUUUGUUUUUCUCCUCUUGACGGUGUGUAGCGUCUAUUAUUUAUUUACAAGGUAUACACUUAUAAAACAUAGUGAAGAAUAAAAUUGAUUUAUCCUUUUUUCUGUGUGUGUGUCACGUGUUUAUAUUAUUAAUAAUAAUAUGGAUUUCCCAUCAUAUUCUUGUUUUAAUAAGCUGAAAAUAUUACGUGUGUGUCAAA